AUGACGAAACUCGUCUCGUUCAACCCCGCCGCAGGAGGCGACGACAAAGUCCUCAUCGGUGUGCUUUCGCGAGACGAAGCGAGCAUCACCGAGCUGCUCCACCCCGCCUCAGGCGAGCCCGUCACGGAUCUUUUCGAUGUCAUCGAGCAGUGGGACGCGUUCGAGCAUGUUACCUCAUCUCUCUGUGUUUCAGGCAAGCAGAACGGUGCUGCGGCCGCUGCAGGCAAGGUUCACUCGUUGGACAGUAUCAAAUUUGCGGCUCCCCUUCGCGGGCGUGACGUCCUCGCCGUAGGCAAGAACUACGUCGACCACGCCAAAGAGUUCAACAAGUCCGGAUACGACUCGUCGGACAAGAACGACAUCCCGGACUUCCCAGUCAUUUUCAGCAAACGUGCCAGCUCCAUUGUCGCUCACGAAACCGAAGUUUACCCUCAUCCCGCUUUCACCAAGACGCUCGACUACGAGGGCGAGCUCGGCGUCAUCAUCGGCAAGGGCGGCGCUCGGAUCACCAAAGAAAACGCCAUGGACCACGUCUGGGGCUACACUAUCAUCAACGACGUCACUGCUCGCGAACGCCAGCGUGACCACAAGCAAUUCUUGAUCGGAAAGAGUCUCGACACCUUUUGCCCCGUAGGCCCGUACCUCGUUCCCAAGAGACAUCUUGAUGUGAACGACAUGGAGGUCGAGACCAAGGUCAACGGCGAGACGCGUCAGAAAGCCAACACUUCGCAGCUCAUUUUCGACAUCCCAACGCUCCUCGAGACGAUCUCGGCCGGCAUCACGCUUCAGCCUGGAGACAUGAUUGCGACCGGCACUCCUGCUGGUGUUGGCUUUGGCCUGCCUACACCCACCUUUUUGAAGGGAGGCGAUGUGGUCGAGGUCUCGAUCUCGGGCAUUGGCACGUUGCGCAAUCGGAUCGCAGACCCUGCCGCCAGCUACCCCUCCGUGGCACCCGUGCGCGUGACUCGAAGCGCCUCGGCCAAAGCCUCCUCUGCCGAUUCUGCCUUGCUCUCUCUUCCAAGCGGAAAGCAGUAUCAUGUCGAGGAGUCUGGCACUUCCUCGGGUCCCGCUUUGGUCUUCAUUCACGGUCUCGGUGGCAAUCUCGGCUUUUUCCACGCCAUCCUUCAAGAGUCUGGCGUGGCUCAAUCGCACCGGAUCAUCCUCAUCGACUGGGAGGGUCACGGCCGAACCCCAAGCCAAUCCGCUUCGCUCUCUGUCGCCUCUAUAGCCUCUGAUAUUCUCGCUGUCUUCGACCACCUCUCCAUCCCCGAGGCCACUUUGGUCGCUCACAGCAUGGGCGGUCUCAUCGCCACGCACUUCGCCUCGGCGCACCCCACUCGGGUUUCGGGCGCAGUCCUCCUCGGUCCGGUCAAAGCCCUUGGCGCCCCGGGCAAGGACGCCAUGAAGUCUCGAGCAGCCUCGGUUCGCGCUCAGGGCAUGCUCGCGGUUGCAGACACAAUCUGCAAUGUCGGCCUCUCUGAGCGCACCAAGAGCCAAAGGAGCCUCUCGGUCGCAUUCACAAGGGCGAGUCUGCUCAGUACGCCCGCCGAGGGGUACGCUCAAGCGUGUCUCGCACUGGGACGCGCAGAAGACCCGGACUACAGCAAGAUCGCAUGUCCCGUCUUGUUCGUUGGUGGAAGCGAGGACAAGACUAGUCCCGCUGCCACGAUACAGAGUCUUGGAAAGCUCAUCAAGGGAGCCAAGGCAGUGACCUUGCAGGAUGUCGGCCAUUGGCAUGCAAUCGAGGACGUGAAGGCGGUCGCGGAGUUGCUGAACGGGUUUGCUACUGGCCAGUAG